AUGGUUGUCAACUAUCAACAUCCGAUUCAAUGCAUCAGAUAUGUAGAGAGGCAAACAGCUGGUUUCCACAAUCUGUUUGUCGCUUCUGCUGGCUCGAAAAUAUACACCUACGCUGCUGAGACCGGAAAACAGCUCGCUAUCUGGCCCGAGGCUGCCCAUGCAGCAGAUUCUACAGCAGUCGGUGUAGCACCAAGCCCUGAAGGGGACGAGCCAUCAGCUAAGAAGAGAAAGGUGUCUCCAGCCCCGGAGCAGACAGAAAAAGCAUCAGAGUCGAACGGUCAAUCGAAAACCUCAACCGCUUGGUCAACGAUCCCCAUCUUGGCCGUGUCCUCUGACGGCAACUAUGUGGUUGCCGUCACUGGUGAAGACAAGUGUCUUCGUGUCUUUGAGAUAGAAAAAAGUGGCCAUCUCAAGCAAUUGAGCGAAAGGCACAUGCCCAAGCGGCCAUCUGCGAUCGCCUUGGUGGACGAUGAUGGGACAAUCCUGUGUGGGGAUAAAUUCGGGGAUGUCUAUUCUUUACCACUGAUCGACACUGGGAAAUCAAGUAUCGCGCCCAAAGUCCCUGCCAAAAUGAAGCGGAAUCAGCCAGCAGCAACGACUUUGACUGUUCACAGUAAGCGAAACUUGGCUUCGCUGGAACAGCAGUUGCGACAUUAUGGACAGAAAGAGAAGACCGCAGAAGAAAAGCCUACGUCUGCCUUUGAACUUCAUUUAAUCCUUGGGCAUGUGUCGAUGCUCACAGACUUAGCCUACGUAUCCAUCCCAGUGGAUACAGCUUCGGGCCGAAAGCGAUCAUACAUCUUGACUGCGGACCGCGAUGAACAUAUUCGUGUUUCUCGCGGGCCGCCUCAAGCGCAUAUCAUUGAGAACUACUGCCUGGGACACACCUCGUUCGUUAGUAGCUUGUGCGUUCCCGAGUGGGCACAGGAAUAUCUUAUUUCAGGCGGAGGUGACGAUCACUUGCUUGUAUGGAGAUGGAAUGAAGGCCGUCUGGCACACAAGGCCCCCUUGGCUGAAGAAGGCACGGGUUCUGAAGUGAUUGUUCGUGGUAUCUGGGCCCUGUCACUUACCAAGCCCCCAAGCUCUCAGGAGAAUGCGAACAUCAUCCUCGUUGCAUUAGACGGGUCCUCGAAGCUUCUUUGCUUUACACUUGAGUCUGAUGGCUCGCUGAAAGCACAGAACUCCAUCCAGGCUUCUGGCAACAUACUUGACCUGACAGUUCCUGCCGACCACAGCUCGAUUCUAAUUUCCAUCGACGCAGUGCGGGAGGCCGGGUCCACACAAGAUUGGAGAACUACUCCUCCCUCGCCGCCGACCUUGGUCGAGGCGUUCCGCUUGAAGCCAGCGUCAGAGGGUCUCGAUUGGGAGCCCACAUCAGAGGCGAUCACUGCACAGAUAAAUUCCGAAGGUACCUCCGAGAUAUCAGCAGACCUCGAAGAUAAGCAGAAGGAGUUGAACGAUUCGUUGUAUGGUUUGGGCAAUCUGCGGAAAAAGAACCAUGGCGAGGACGACUAA